AUUUGUCACAUGUCACUUUGAAAUGGAGUUACGCAAAAUGUGAAGUUUCUAGAGAGAAAAAAAUGUUUUAAACUUUGGCAAAUAUGGAGACUAUAUCUGUAAACAUUAAACCAGAACUGGAAGAAUGCAGAAUGCAUGUUUGAAAAUAAUUGCACAGAGGAUUCUUUAUCCUCGUAUAUAUUAAAAUAGAAGAACACGUGUUACAAUGUGAAAUAAAUAGUCCAUUUACCCAUUUCCCAUCAUCAGUAAUCAAGAAGUUAAAACAGAAAUUAAAAAAGAAUUGGAUGAACAUAAUUUAGGAGUAAAUCAUGGGUGUGAAAUUCGAUUUAAAAGAACCGAUCCAAAAGAUUUAGACUCAGACGAAGAUGUAAAAUUACCGAUAGGGGCUUCAGCUGAGAUACAUCAUGAAAAGCAUUGUGGAACUAUGGAAACAUCAAAAUCACUGUCCAACAUUUGUAAACGAAAUUUCUAGUAGGGUAGAAAAAAUCAUCACAAUGGCGUUAAAUGAAACAGCACAUAACGCAAGCAAUGAAACAGCAGCAGAUGAACCCAACUUGAUCACUCCUGAAUAAAUGUUAAUGAUAUGAUGUACCAUGUGCCUUACGAAUUUGAAGUCAUUAACGACGAGGAAAACAACUUUAUUCAAGAUCCCUUUGAUACUCAGGGUAUUAACGUUGACUUGCUGUCCUCUGAAGUAAGAUACGAAACUCUGUCAACAGUCAACUUAAACAUUUCCAGCGAAUUAUUAUCUGAAAGUAGUGUGGAUAAAACUUAUGAAUCCACACAACAACAUGAAAAUUUAGAAGAGCUUGAAGAUGAUUGUGAUCCUGAGUUUAUACCACCCGAAAAAGAAGCUCAUCAAGAGGACGACUCGGAAUACUCAGAUGAAGAACAAAAUGAAAACAAUCCAGAUACGAGAACAGCUGAAAGUAGAAGGAAGAAAAAAGCCAAUAGUGAAUUAUGGGAUAAAAACGUUAACAAAAGAAAAAGAAUGAUGGGAGAAGAGUAUGUUGGAUACACAAGAUCUAAAGACGGGACGGUUAAACACGAUACUAAAAGAAACAAAAGAAUGCUCGGACCUAUAUGUAAUUCAGUUUUUUGUAAAAAAGCAGCAAAUCGUUUUUGCCUAAGACUGUCUGAAGAAAUACGACAAACUAUUUUUGAGAAAUUUUGGAGUAUGUCCUGGGAACAGAAAAGGUUAUAUGUUUUGCACAUGACCACCUACACUGAAAAAAAGAGAACCUAUACAAAAAAUCCAUCCAGGAGAAAGGGAACAUUUCAAUACUAUUUGCAAAUUGAAGACGGGAAACAUCAGGUGUGCAAGCAAACAUUUCUUGGUACGUUAGGUAUAAAAGAACGUAUGGUAAGGCACUGGGUCAAUGAAGGGUCUAUGUUUGAAACACAAAGUAGUCAAGACGACAAAAACAAAAAUAAGACUAAGAAGAAAGAUACGUCGGUACAUUCAGUAGAACAAAAUAGAAAGCUGGAACAGUUGCGCGUAUUUCUAGAUGUUUGCAUAAAAUUGAAAGCCACUACUGCCGUAAAAAGUCGAACAAAUUAUAUCUAGAGGAAGAUUUCAAAUCAAAAACCGACAUAUUUCAACUAUAUAAAAAUAAAUGUUUAGACUA